AACAACAACAACAACAACAAAUGAACGUUUGUGAUAUGAAUUUUAAAUUGUUCUAGGAGUUUUGAAAUGAUUAGAUCCCAGGAAUUCCGCAGUGUAUAUAACCGAUUAUUUUGACAGGAAAUGUUUAGACAUUGUCAAAUGAGAAAUAAAACAUUGAAAUAGUAUAACACACAAUCAUAUUACAUUGGUAACCAUGGCAACAGCUGGUGCUAGCAUCUGUACAGACUCUAGCGAUGCUAUAGAACUGUAUGAGACUUUUGGACUGUACUUAAAACCUAUAGCUCGUGUCAAUGUUUGUGUGCAACUGCCACCGUUGAAAGAGGCGGGAAAGUCGAUUUCAAAUUGGGAGGUAAUGGAGCGUAUCAAGGCCAUGAUAAAACCCCAUUCAUUCACGUCAUUAAAAAUAAUCAAAAGCACGAUGGAGUUUAUACGAUUUGAAGGUGAAGCAGAAAAUAAAGAUCUGGUCAUCACUAUAAUGCAACGGUUGGAGGGAAAGUCAAUAAAACUCAGUGGAUUUCACGAACAAUUAAAAGUGAAAGCUGGUGAAGCUAAAAUUCAGUUUCCGUGCAGACAUGACUGGGAUUCGUAUUUUAGAGACGCGAAAAACAUGAAUGAAAUGAAACCUGGAGAAAGACCGGACACGUUACAUAUUAGGGAUAUUCCAACUCGAUGGUUUGCAUCAAAACAUAGCAAAGAGAAAGAUAAACCGAGUGAGGACGUGUUGAAACGUGUGUUUAAUCAGUUCGGUGAGAUUCGCUGUGUGGAUAUUCCAAUGUUAGAUCCAUAUCGUAAAGAAAUGUCAGGACUUAUAAAAUCAGGGGCAAUUCAAACAUUCACAUUCGGUCAAGAUCUUGUGUUUGAUGCUUAUAUACAAUUUAAAGAAUAUAUAGGUUUUGUAAAAGCUAUGGAUAGAUUCAGAGGAAUGAAGCUUCUGUACAUGGAUGAAGAUGAAAAAUGUGCUGUAGCAAAUAUAAAGGUAGAUUUUGAUAAGACAAAGCAUUUGACAGACAAAGCAAUAAGAAAAAGAAGAUUAGAUAGAGAAAGACUGGAACAACUAGAGAAGGAAAGAGAAGAACGAGUGAGGAGAGAGAGGGAAGAAGAAGAUAGAAAGGUAGCAGAAGAAAAGCGUCUCAAGGAUGAGGAAGAGAUGGAAAGAGAUAGGAAAAGGCAGGAGAAAUUGCAGAGACGUGAGGAAAGGCAGAAAGAACGAGAGGAAAAACGGAAGCAGAAACAUCUGGAGGAAAAGAAGAGAGAAGAAGAAAGAAAGAUGCAGCUGAAAAUAGCACUGGAAGAGCGGAAAUUCAUGCUGACUCAGCGGAAGUUGGAAUCGUUGAGACUGCUGACUGAACUGUUCGAACGUGUAAAGGUUAUAAAGGUAAAAGAAGAUUUAGAGAGAAAGGAGAAAGAACUAGAGGAAGAAAGGAAACGUCAAGUUGAUCUCGAAAAACAGAAGAAGGAAGAAGAAUUAAGGAAGAAAAAAGAGGCAAUAAAAAAGAAAAAAGAACAGUUAAAAAGACAAGAACAAGAACUCAGGGAAAAAAUAUUAAAGAACUGGAAAUCUAAUGAGGAACAAAAACAAGAAGAGAUGCGUGAAAAGUUACGUAAAAAACUGUCCGGCAAAACAAAAUUGAAAUCUGCAGUUGUUAUGCGGAGAUGACUCGACGAUGUGCUGGCUGAAAGGGGGGAGGGAAGCAGCUCAAACAAUAUGAUAUAUGAACUUCCGUAUAUAGUAGAUACGAAACUUCUACAACAAAGGACAGAUUCUGAUAAUAGCGAUGACUCAUCAUGAUCUCAUUGUGAAUGAUAACAUUUACUCUGUGAUGGAAAUACUAGGGCAGCAGGGAAGCAGAUAUGUGUAUGAACUACAUGUCCAUUAUGUAAUAGAUACAAAAUCUUGUGUGAAAAAUAACAAUUUUUCUAAGGAGGAACCUUUGUAUGAAAUUUUUUUAAGUUUAUUGAAGGUAUAGCUCAUUGGGAUCCUUUAAAUAUGAGGCUGUCACUUGGCUCAAUGUUUUACAUAAGGAAAAUUUCAAUUAAUCUUUUUGUUUUCAAAAUUGCUAAGACUAGGCACAAGAUAAUUUAAAAGAACUGUUGCAUUUAGCAUUGGCUAGUGGUCUUCUACCAAGUUUUAUUUAAUAAAGGUCACUUUGGCCAAAUUUUGGACUGCCACUGGGGAAAGUUUUACAUUAUACAUAAGAGAUUAAGAAACGCUUUUAAAAAUCCACUUUUCUCAAAGUACAGGGGAUUUAAUCAGGCUAAUAUUAUUUGCAGUAUAACCAUGUGCUCCCCUCCUUAGGCGAGCAACUUAGACCACUUUUUGACCGUGUUUUCCAAAUGAAAAUUCAGCAGAUUUUCACAUAAACUUAUAAAGUGAAAAAUCCACAACCUAAAUCUGCUGUGAAAUCAGAAAUUUUUGUGAGGGAUUUAUUUCCGCUUAAUUCAUUUAUUCAUUUACUGUCCGAAACCGCGAAAAUACUUGUGAAAGAACUAUUAUCAUUUUGUCUGUUUUACCCUGGUGCCCUGUCUAAAAUCAUGACUGGAGGGGCACCUGGGGUCUUCCUCCACCAACAAAAGCAGUGUGAACUAAAUUGUGUAUAAUGUGACCAGACUCAACAAAAAUAUAAUUAUGUUUAAAAAAGUACCACAAUAACCAGUUUCAUUUUAAGAUUUACCGAAAUUAUUAAAUUUCAUUGACGUAAAGUUUUGUGGUUUUCGUCAGUAUGGCUAUUUCAUGGGGGCUUAAAUUGAUGGGUUUCAAAGUAUAAAGAUGAAAUAAGAAGCAAUUUGUUGAGAUAUAAUAUAGUGAAUUGACACAACUGGAAAAUCCACGAAAAUAAGUCCCUCACAUGUGUUUUUGACUUUGCAGUAAAGGGAACUUUCAGCUUGACAUAUCUGACUUUACAUUAUCAUGUCACAUGUCAUGGUGGCAGUUCUAGAAAAUGUCCCAACAACUAUUUUUCAGCCAGCACAGGUUAUUUUGAGAGGCAUGAAAACAUAAAACUGCCAAAAUUGCCAUUUUGUGUAUUAUUUUGAUCAUUUUAAUGUAGACAGGUGUCACUUUGAGGAAUCAUUUUAAAUUCAUAAUGAGCUGCACCAUGAGAAAACCAACAUAGUGCAUAUGCGACCAGCAUGGAUCCAGACCAGCCUGCGCAUUCGCGCAGUCUGGUCAGGAUCGAUGCUGUUCGCAUUCAAAGCGUAUUGCAAUUAGAGAAACUGUUAGCGAACAGCAUGGAUCCUGACCAGACUGCGCGGAUGCACAGGCUGUUCUGGAUCCAUGCUGGUCGCAAUGCACUAUGUUGGUUUUCUCAUGGCAUGGCUCAUACGUCAUUUUUGUUUUUGUUGAUGUCAGAAAUCACUUCAUUUUUUUAUAUGUUGACAAAAUAAAAUAAACUCAGAAAACUGUAA